UUGAUCAAAUAAAUGCAGCCUUGAUGAUCUUAAGAGACUUCUAAAACAUAAAAACUUACCGACCUCGGACUUUCAAUCACUAGUGUACAAACAUUUAAAGUGUGUACAGUGGCGUUCAGAACGCAUAUAUUAUCCUGAGCACAGCAUCCAGGUGUGAUGGAGCAGUUGGAUGUGGAUAUUGUGCCCUACAUAGUGCUGUUGGUGGUCCCUGUGUUGGGCCGUAUGAGUGACCCCUGUGACAGCGUGCGAUUCAUGGCCACGCAGUGCUUUGCAACUCUGAUCCGACUGCUUCCUCUUGAGGCUGGAAUCCCAGACCCGCCGUCUAUGUCUGAAGAUCUAAUUCGACAGAAAGCCAGAGAACGACACUUCCUCGAGCAGCUGCUUGAUGGAAGGAAACUGGAAAAUUAUAAGAUUCCUGUGCCCAUCAAAGCAGAGCUCAGGAAAUACCAACAGGAUGGAGUGAACUGGCUGGCAUUUUUGAACAAGUACAAGCUUCAUGGGAUCUUGUGUGAUGAUAUGGGUCUGGGUAAGACCCUACAGUCUAUCUGUAUUCUGGCAGGCGAUCAUUUCCUCAGGGUUCAGGAGUACGCCAGGUCAAAGGCUCCCGACUGUUGCCCUUUACCCUCCAUAGUUGUGUGUCCGCCUACCCUGACGGGACACUGGGUGGAUGAGGUCGGGAAGUUCUGCUCUAAAGAGUAUCUCAAUCCUUUGCACUAUACUGGCCCCCCUACGGAAAGAGCAUGGUUGCAGCACCAGGUGAAGAAACACAAUCUCGUUGUUGCCUCAUAUGAUGUCGUUAGAAAUGACAUUGACUUUUUCAGGGAUAUUAAAUUUAAUUACUGUAUCCUUGACGAGGGUCACGUCAUAAAGAAUGGAAAGACCAAACUUUCUAAAGCGAUCAAGCAGUUAACCGCCAACUACAGAAUAAUCCUCUCAGGAACACCCAUUCAGAACAAUGUUCUGGAGUUGUGGUCUCUCUUUGACUUCCUGAUGCCAGGCUUUCUUGGCACCGAGCGUCAGUUUGCUGCCCGCUACGGGAAGCCCAUCCUCGCCAGUCGAGAUGCUAAAAGUUCCUCACGUGAACAGGAAGCAGGUGUGCUGGCAAUGGAAGCGCUGCAUAGACAGGUUCUGCCCUUCUUACUGAGGAGAAUGAAGGAUGAUGUGCUUCAAGAUCUGCCACCCAAGAUCAUACAAGAUUACUACUGCAACCUCAGUCCUCUACAGGUUCAACUGUAUGAGGACUUUGCAAAGUCUCGUGCAAAGGUGAACGUGGAUGACGUUAUUUCCACUGUGUCUAUGCAAGAGGAGGAAGAGAAACCCAAAUUAAAGGCCACCGGACACGUCUUCCAGGCUCUGCAGUAUCUGAGAAAGCUGUGUAAUCACCCAGCACUGGUGCUGACCCCUCAACACCCAGAGUACAAACACAUCACAGAACAGCUGAGCAGCCAGCACUCCAACCUUAGAGACAUUCUGCACGCCCCAAAACUCUCAGCCCUCAAACAG